GGGAUUGAAGGUCAGAGUUCAAUUCGGGUCAUCAUCAAUACUUUGUUGCACUUUGCGCUGGCAUCAUCCGCACAGGACGGAUACAAAAUGGCACAAGAAACCGCCGAAAUGUCCGGUGUUUUCUCUGGAAUAUCUGGGAAACUUGGUAUUGAUGAAAGUAGCUUGCUCUACUUGUUGACCAUCUUUUCAUGUUAUCCUUUGAUGUAUAUUUCCAGAACCUACUUGCAUGGCCAGUCACCAAUGAUAAAACAUAUCUACUUCAUUGCCUGUAGCCUCACACUGGCUUUCUGUAACUUUGGAUUUGACAUCAUCUACUCGCUCAUCUCAGUCUUACUGAACUACGCUCUGCUUGUUACUGUUGGAGGAAGUUCACUCUCAGUGGCUGUGUCAUUUGCCCUCAAUAUGGGUUAUCUUCUUUCAGCCUACAUUCUUGUAUCCACUGAUGGUUAUGACAUCAACUGGACAACACCUCACUGUAUCCUGACCCUAAGGAUGAUCAGCGUGGCCUUUGACCUUUACGAUGGCAAGAGGGAUGAGGCAAAUCUCAGUUCCGAGCAAAAAUCAUUGAACAUCAAGAUGACCCCAUCACUCUUGGAGCUUGCUGGCUUCACCUACUUCACUGGUGGAUUCUUUGCUGGUCCCCAGUUCUCAAUCCGACGCUAUCUUGAAUUCACUGAAGAGAAACUUCUAGAUAAUGACAAGGGAGAGUUGCCUAAUUGCAUUGGACCUGCAAUGAACCGAUUUGCAGUUGGUGUUGUGUAUGCAGUAUUGGAAACCAUCCUAACACCAAUGUUUAGCAAUGCUUAUUUACUAUCAGAAGAGUUUGCUGCUUCAUCUUUCCUGUAUCAGAUGUUUGCUGUUGUCAUGUGGCAUAAAGCAGUGUUCUUCAAGUACUGCACUGUCUUCCUGUUUGUUGAAGGUGCUUGCAUAAUGAGCGGUCUAGCUUACAACGGCAAAGACAAAGAGGGAAAUGCAUUGUGGGAUGCCUGUGCCAGCAUAAAGCCGCAAAUGCUAGAAACUGCUACAAGUACAGCUCAGUACAUCAAAGCCUUCAAUUUAUCAACAAACACUUGGGUUGGAAGAUACGUCUUCAAGCGUCUGAAGUUUCUGAACAAUCGUUACAUCUCUCAGACAGCAGCCGUCAUGUUCUUAGCUGUAUGGCAUGGAAUGUACAUUGGAUACUACAUUUGUUUUGGUCUGGAGAUAUUCAUCACAACGUGCGAGUUGUUUGUACAAGAUGCAGUGAAGCGAAGCCCUCCCUUUGCCAAGUUCGUGAACAACCCAACCCUUAAACUACCUCUCUUUAUACUUCUCAAGUUUACCGCUUCAUUAUCCGUUGGUUACCCUCUUGUUGCCUUUGUCCUGCUGCGCUGGAGGAGAAUACGAUUGGUGUACCAAGCCAUGUUCCAUCUUCCGACUCUUUUCUUCUUGGGGUUCCCAUUUCUCUAUCAGUUUCUCAUCUUACCUCGUCUUAAGAAACAGGAGCGUGCUGCAAGAAAGGCUGCUGAGGUAGCCAAAGAUUCAAGGGAGGAAGAAAGUAAUAAGAUUGAUUGAUGAAAUACUUUUCUAAAGAAAGAGGAGAAAUGGAAGCUGAAGUUGGUGACUAUAAACU